AACUUUUGCGACUGGUAACGGAGACAUCUGGCCACUGGAGCGACCGGAAGGAAUGCCAGCGAUACAGUCUCUGGAGGUUAUGUGCGGAAAGGACCACAUGGACGUCCACCUCUCGUUUACACAUCCCUUCGAAGGGAUUGUAUCUUCCAAAGGGCAAUAUGCAGAUCCGAGAUGCGUCUACGUACCGCCAUCUAGCGGCAAAACCUUCUUCUCAUUCCGUAUCGCUUACGCACGUUGUGGUACGAAGCCUGACCUCCACGGUCAAUUCUACGAGAACACGGUCGUUGUACAGUACGACAAAGAUCUUCUGGAAGUGUGGGACGAGGCGAAACGACUAAGAUGUGAAUGGUUUAACGACUAUGAGAAGACAGCUUCUAAACCGCCAAUGGUCAUUGCAGACCUCGAUGUCAUUCAGCUCGACUUUCGAGGAGACAACGUAGACUGCUGGAUGGAGAUUCAACAUGGCAAAGGGCCCUGGGCACCUCCAGUUAGUGGGAUUGUGCCUCUCGGUUCCAUACUGACCCUCGUCGUAGCCAUUAACGAUUAUCGCGGAGAAUUUGACAUGAGAGUCAAAUCUUGUGCAGCUUCCGACGGUGGGGGCCACGUGAUUCAGCUGUCGGACGAACAAGGUUGUGUUUUGCGGCCUAAGAUGAUUAGUCGGUUCAUCAAAGCCAGGGCAGCUGACGAGCGAGCUACUGUUAUCACAUACGCGUUCUUCCACGCGUUCAAAUUUCCAGACGCCCUGAGCGUGCACAUCAAGUGUAAGGUGGAGAUAUGCCGGCACGGGUGUCUGGACCACUGCCAGCUGGGUUCACACCACGACUCUCCUCACUUCGGACCGGUCGAUCGUAAGGACCAGCAGUCGAAACCCGUCUCAGAGUCUCCUUUAGGCCCGGAGUUGCUUAUUUACGACGAAGCAGAAGAUGAAGAACAGUCAGCGGGACAUUUUCCAGUCGUCGUCAGCACUGACUCCAGGUCGCCAACUGCACAGGCUCAGACCCACGCCAUACCAGCUCAUAAACCCGUUGAUGAGGGUCACGAUACGGAACCUUUGCGUCGUCCUUUCCAGGAGCAACCACGUCCUGGGCAUCGCGACGGACAAGAGCGUUUUCCACACGGCCCCCGAAACCUGGGAGAAGACGACAUGCCAAUCUUGGAUCGCUCAUCAUCAGCCAGGUCCUCGACGAGUCAACGCAAACGUCGCUCGAUCGUAGUAUCAGACCGAAAAGUUCGUAGUGCAGAUGUUGGUGUGAGUGGUCUGUACGAAGUCAUCUCAGAAGUAGACCUGGCCUUUACGCCAGACAUGCGCGCUGAGGCAGUGACUGUAUUCCAAGGGCGCAUGCGUGAGGAAGUGGUGUACGGUAUUUGCCUUCCGGUGCCAGGUUUCAGCGUGUUAUUCGUUUUAGUUGCGGUAUCUGCCGUAGUUUCGGCGCUGGUAGCAGGGUCCCUGUUAUACCGGUACCAACUGCAGCGUGAAGCCCAGAAUCUAGCUCAGCAGAGAGCACAACAACAACAACAACAACAACAGCAGCAGCACACUGGCACAAUGGUGGUCAACUCUCUAGCGAGCUGGAUGGCCCUUCGACUUCUACGUCCCAGGACGCAUUCAUCAGCUGCUACAUCGCCAACACAAAAGCAGCAAUGUCAUCAGGUCUCCCAGGCCAUGGCGAGCCAUGAAGGUUGAAUGUCCGAUACAUUUCCUUGAUGAAGACAACUGAUCCAAAGUAUUGAUAGAAACUUUUGUGGCUGACGGUUGGUGACCCUGCAUCCAUUAUACUUCCAUCGUAAAGCACGAUUGUGAAGCGUUCUCCCAUCAUAUUAAUCAUAAAUGGAUCCCAGAGUCGAAAACAAGUGUGCAGAAUCCUGUUAGUGAAUCUCUGCAAAGAUUGACGUCGUCAUUCUAAUAAAUAUCCGAAGCAGCGGGAUAAUUUUUAAAGCAUAAAGUUAUUAGAUACCAGAAAUACAUCAACCAUACUUUCAUCUGCAGAAUUCUUAUCCAUGGAGUAAAGGACACGAUAGUUUGUGUUUCUUGUUUAAACAAUUCACAUUUUCUACCACACAUUUGAAAUUGGGAGAAACUGAAUCAUAAUUCAGUAUUUCGCACAGGUAAUUUGUGGACUUCAUUUAUUUAUUCUGAAGGCAUGCAGUGGCCUUCUAAGGCCGUGUACUUUUAAUACAGACACUUUCUUACAGUAGUAAAAAUGCCUUACUAUUCUAAAUGCAGGUACAGUACUUUUAUUGAACUGAAGAAUGCAUGUCGUCGAGACAUAGGGAUGUUGGGAAGUGGCCAAAGAUUCUACAUGUGUUCUUGAUAGGAAAUUAGUUACAUACCAACUUAAGAAUUUUAUUUAUAUGUGGAUAAUGAAGUGAGUAUAAUAAGAUUAAACAAGAUGGAAUUUUCUGAUAUUUUAUAAUAUGACACCCAUUGCAAAUCCUCCUGAAAAUUGUUACAUAAUUUAACUUGUUUUAAUUGUAGGUAGUAAUAUAAAUAUUAUUUGUUGUGGUUAGUAAAUACUACUUGAGUAUUUAAAUGGUGCUUACCAUCAAACAAAUUAAAUUAACAACUUGCCAACUUUAGGAAUUAAUGGAUCUGUUAAGUAAAUAAGAAUUUCAGCCAACUCAACAAUUUUAUUUCCCUUUUCAUAUAAGAAUAUAAUCCCACUCGGCUGGUAUUUCGACAUCAACACAUCAUCCUCAGACUAUAGAAUAAUAAUAGAUACAUUAUGUCGUUUAUAUGUGUCUUCAUUUAUAUUAAAAUCUUAAAACCACUGGGUAUGUUCCGAAAGAUAAUGUAUUAUUAAGUCUAUUUAUUAAAUAACGUAAUUGUAUAUCAUACCGCGGGGGGUUGGCCCCUUCGAUUUGUUAGGAAGCCUGAGGGGAAGAGACCCCUGGGGAGACCUAGACGUAGAUGGAAGGAUAAUCUCAGGCGGGAUCUAUGGGAGAUAGGAGUUGAA